GCAAAAUGGCGCCCCUGUGGUGUGUGUGACAGUGUCAUAGUGGAAAUUAUUGAUAUUUUGUCUUCCAUUGCCAUUGAUAAGUAUUGUAAUCAUUGCCACUGUCGUUUAGUUUGUGUAUUUGUUUUAUCUGGGCUGAGAUUGGAUUGAUUAAAAGUGGCCAUGUCAACGGACAAGGUACAAGUGGCCGUACGGGUCCGACCUGUCAACAGAAGAGAGGUUGAGCUGAGUACCAAAUGUGUGAUAGACAUGGAAGGGAACCAGACAGUUCUUUAUCAUCCACAAGACAGCCCACUUGAUGUCCAAGGUCACCUGGUCAGUAGUGGCGGAGAUGCGAAAAAAGGUCGCCGAAAAGCUCCAAAAUCGUUUGCGUUUGACCACUGCUUUUGGUCCAUGGAUAAAGACAACCCAAAAUUUCAUGGCCAAGGAGCAGUGUUUCAGAAUCUUGGGGAUCCUGUAUUACAAGGGGCGUUUGAAGGAUACAAUGGCUGUAUAUUUGCUUAUGGCCAAACAGGGUCCGGGAAAUCAUACACAAUGAUGGGCACGUCGGAAGAAAAGGGGAUAAUACCACGUCUUUGUGAUGCACUGUUCGAUCGUAUUGCUAAAAUGGAGAAUGAAUCAACUGGCUUUAAAGUUGAAGUAUCAUAUAUGGAGAUCUAUAAUGAAAAAGUCCACGAUUUACUGGAUUUAAAAGGGCACAAACAGAAUUUAAAAGUAAGGGAACACAAUAUAUUGGGACCAUAUGUGGAUGGCCUGUCUACACUAGUCGUAACAUCUUUUGAAGAUAUAAACAACUUGAUGAAUGAAGGGAACAAAUCGAGGACAGUGGCUGCAACCAACAUGAACAGUGAAAGUAGUCGAUCUCACGCUGUAUUUAAUAUUAUAGUAACACAGACACUUACAGAUCUGAAAACUUCCGUUUCUGGUGAAAAAGUUAGCAAGCUGAGUCUGGUAGAUUUAGCCGGAAGUGAAAGAGCACAGAAGACCGGGGCGAUGGGGGACCGAUUACGUGAGGGGAGUAAUAUAAAUAAAUCAUUAACUACUUUAGGAUUAGUAAUAUCUGCUUUAGCAGAGUCUGGUAAAAGUAAAAACAAAUUUGUGCCAUACAGAGAUUCCGUGCUCACCUGGCUUUUAAAGGAUAAUUUAGGGGGUAACAGUAGAACUGUUAUGGUUGCCACAAUAAGUCCAGCUGCUGAUAACUAUGAAGAAACUCUGUCAACAUUGAGGUAUGCUGAUAGGGCUAAGAGAAUCGUGAACCACGCUGUCGUGAAUGAAGAUCCAAAUGCUAGAAUUAUUCGUGAACUUAGAGAAGAGGUUGAUCAUUUACAGAAGGAACUUAAAGAAGCACAGAGUAUGAAAGCCCCAGACUUGAAAGAAAAGUUGGAAGAAUCAGAAAAAUUAUUGAAAGAAAUGAGGAAAACUUGGGAAGAAAAACUAGCAGAAACUGAGAAAAUUCAAGUGGAAAGACAUAAAGCAUUAGAAGAGAUGGGGGUAUCCGUGGAAACAUCGGGAAUUAAAGUCCAGCAUAGUAGAUACUUUCUUGUCAACCUUAACGCUGAUCCAUCACUUAAUGAACUGCUCGUCUAUUACUUAAAGGACCAUACCGUAGUUGGAUGCCCUAACGACGAAACCAAACCAGAUAUACAGCUACAAGGUCUUGGUAUACAUCCAAAGCACUGUGUUGUGGACAUUACAGAAAAUGAAGUGUCUGUGGCACCUGUUGAAGGGGCAAGGACUUGUGUGAAUGGCUCUGUUAUACAUCAGUGCACCAAGGUGAAACAUGGUGAUAGGAUAUUGUGGGGAAAUAACCACUUCUUCCGCAUAAAUACACCAAUACAAAAUAGUCCAACAACAAACAAUCCUGAAGAUGCAGAUCAAACAAUUGACUAUAAGUUUGCUCAGCAGGAGCUGAUGAUGAAAGAAUUCAGUAAUGAUCCUAUAUCCGAGGCCAUCAGUGCAGUAGAAAAACAGUACGAGGAAGAUAAACAAGAGGCUCUAGAACAACAGAGGCAGAUGUACGAGCGCCAGAUGCAGCAGUUAAGGUACCAGCUCAUGUCGCCCGGAACACCAUCAAUGCCCUUCCCACCUGUAAUGACCCCAACAGGAGUUCAAAGUGGAAUUCAGCGGAAAUAUCAACAGUGGGCCCAGGAAAGAGAUAAAAUGUUUAAACAUAGCCUGUCUUUGCUACGUGAAGAGGUUGUUAAAGCUAACUCCCUGGUUCGUGAAGCCAAUUUUCUGGCCGAGGAGAUGGGCAAACAAACAGAAUUCCAUGUCACUUUGCAAAUACCAGCGUCAAAUCUAAGUCCUAACAGAAGGAGAGGAGCUUUUGUCUGUGAACCAGCGAUAUUGGUGCGUAGAAAACAUCGUGGGAGUCAGGUUUGGUCGAUGGAAAAGUUUGAAAACAAGAUAAUUGACAUGCGAGACAUGUACGAGGACAGGAAGUCACAAGGAAUCCCACUGAAGGUGGAUGAUUCUGAUGAAUCCGAGUCGGAUGACGGACCACCUCAGAAAGGAGACCCAUUCUACGAAUCGUACGAAAAUCACAAUCUUAUUGGGGUAGCUAAUGUGUUUCUGGACUGUCUUUUCUAUGAUGUUAAACUGGACUAUCAAGUACCAAUCAUCAGUCAGCAGGGAGAGGUUGCCGGCAAACUACAUAUGGAGAUAUCUAAGCUGGGCAGCGCAAUCAUGGAUCGUUACGCAGACAUAAAUGAUGAUAGUGACGAUGAGGAAGGCAAUGAAGAUGAUGCUGAUCGAUCAAUGUCAGUAGGAGCACCGCUUAUAAUCAGAGUAAAGAUUUGUGAAGCAAAAGGCCUGCCAAAGGAUCUAUCAAAUUUUGUGUUCUGCCAGUACUCUUUCUGGGGUCAUGAUGACCCCAUCUCUGUCCCACCAGAGAUACACCCAGACACUAGUAAAAAGGACACCAAAUGUAUCAAGUUUAACCAUGAAAGGGAUUUUAAAGUGUACAUGUCAGAAGAGUUCAUUGAGCAUGCCCAGGAAGGAGCAUUAUCUAUCGAGGUCUGGGGACAUAAAGUUGUUGGGUUUGGUCAGCAGAACUCCCAGACAGAUAGUGCGGCUAGAUCCAACUCUCUUGUUGACAGAUGGCAUGAAGUAACCAGGAAAAUAGAACUCUGGAUUGAGAUACAUGAAGUUAAUGACCAAGGUGAAUAUGCCCCUGUAGAGGUCAAACCUCAGGCUGACGUCCCAGCUGCUGGAGUAUUUCAGCUUAGACAGGGCCAUGCCAGACGUAUACUCACUCGUAUAAAGUCCCGGGGUGACUCAGGCACUCUUCCAUUAAUCUGUGAUAGUAUAAGCUCACUUGCCAUUGGUUGUAUUUGUUCUCGCUCCAAGAUACAGAAAGGCUUGGACAGUUACCAAGAGGAAGAUCUAGGUCAUUUGAGAGAUCGCUGGAAUGAUGCUUUAUCAAGGAGGCAUAAAUAUCUGGACAGCCAAAUACAGAGUCUUAUAAAUAAAACUGAUAAAACUGAAGCAGACUGUGAUAGAGAAAGCGCAUUAAUAGACCAGUGGGUAUCACUGACUGAGGAAAGAAAUGCUGUGAUGGUUCCAGUAGCAGGCAGUGAAAUUCCAGGGGCACCAGCAGACUGGGAAGCUCCGCCUGACAUGGAACGACAUCGACCAGUGCUCUUUCUUGAUUUAAAUUCUGAUGACAUGACGACCCCAAAUGCCAAAGAAGGAACACAAGCUGCUGGUAUCAACUCUAUACUGCCAAAAGAACAAUCCAAUAACUAUGUUGCUUUACCAAUACUCAAAGCAUACACAGAAACUGAUAACGUGUGUGCCAUUGCAUCUUGGGAUUCUUCAAUCCAUGACUCAGCGAACCUGAAUCGUAUAACUGGAGCAGAUAAUCGUGUGUAUUUGAUACUUAAGGUGGUGUUGCGACUAAGUCACCCUGCUUACAUGGAAGUUGUGUUGCGUAAACGUAUCUGUGUGAACGUAAAACAUCGUAACAUGAGUCUGACAGACAAAACUGAAGAAAAAGAUGUGGUAUGGAGGGGUAAGUCUAUGAUAUACUUAGAGCACAUGGAAAGUCUUGCACAGAUGGCCGCGUCUCAGAAUGAAGUGAGUGCCGCUGACGGGGAGACGUAUAUAGAGAAGUACAUCAAAGGCGUGUCUGCAGUAGAGAGUAUACUCACACUGGAUAGGCUGAGACAGGAGGUAGCUGUGAAAGAAUUUAAAGGGCCCAAACAAGGGCAGUCACUCCGUAAAACCACAAGUGUUCCAAAAUACACCAGUGUAGUAUAUGCCUUAGCACAGUUCUCUAACUUCAUUGUACCCAUUACAUUCACAUCCUUAACACAUGAUAACCACAUUUUUGCACAAAAAAUAUGUAACACAUUUCUUUUGACACAGAAAAUUCAUUGUUUCAGUGAAGGAAAAAAAAACUUUCAAUUUUCAGUGACCCCCAAAUUAGCCCUAAGCCCUUUGACAGCAAAAUUGAGUGGUGGCAUGAAACCUUUACAGACACUCAGAGAGGAACAUCAACGUGAACAAAAACCACUCCUGGACACUGACGAGGAAGAUGAAGACAGCCCUGUGAAAACCAGACCAAAACAGCCUGAUUUUAAUUGUUCAGAACAAAAUCUAAACGACUCCAAAACCUCCUUAAAUAACAGUGCUUCAAAACAAGAACUUCUUGAAAAUAAACAAGAUUUGCUUAGUUUAAAAGAAGAAUUGAAAAAAUUAAAGAAAAGUUUAAUAGAACCUGAACCAGCAAGUGCAUCAUCAGAUGAUUUUCAAGAUUUUGAAUCUUACGAGAGUCAACAAAGUUCAAAACAAUUAGAUUCUUGUAACCAAUCAGAAGGUGUUGAUAGUGAGAACAUAGGCGAGGGUGGAAAGGUAUCAUUAAUUUCUCAUUCUGGAACUUGCGAUAGCAUUGCUGAGAGUCACGGAAAAGGUUACACACCAAGCAUGACCUCCAGUGGUUAUGGGUCACAAGCUGUUUCAACCUUGACCUUGUCAUCAGAGGAUUCAUUGAGUUUAAGGAGUAAUGAGGAUUCAGAUUUACAUAGAAUGUCAAAACGACCUGGAAUUGAGCAUUGCAGUAGCGGCGACAGUGAUGGAGAUGAUUCAGCUCAAGGUCACUCUAGUGCAAUAAGGUCAGAGGUCAUAGAGGAGGUCGAAGGACAAGUUUAUGACUUGAAUGAAUGUUCAAGUAAUGAAACUUUAGAAAAUCUUAAUGUAGACACUAAUAGUGUUGAAGAGAUUACUAACAGUAUGAAAGAUGAAAAGGUGGAGGAAAUGUUGAGUGUAAAUGCUGCAGAAAAUUUUGACAAAAGUUCACUGAAAUCUGAUCUCACAGAGGAAGAUGAUGAGGACAAAGCAUCUGUUAAACUUCACAUAAGUGAAGAAGAUCUGAGUGCUGCCAGUAAAGGAGAACUUGCUGAUGGAAAUGCAACAAAUCUAAGUCAAGAUAAUGUGCAAUGUAAAAAUGAAGUGCAAAAUAUAGAUAAAGAGGGGAAAGUGGCUAUUAAAGAUGAAAAGAGUGGAAACUUUGUAGAUAACUUUGAUGGAGAUAAAUGUGAUAAAUAUGAAAUAGAAAACCAAAACCAAGUUAGAAAUAGUUCAAGAUCAACCAAAGGCAGUGAUAGUUCUUCCAAUGCAUCAAGAGGAGCUCUUUAUUCUGAUAGUGUAGAUCCAUAUAGUCUUGAGGCAAUGGAAGAACUGGAAAAGUUAGGUGAUGAAUUUGGCCCUGAUAAUUCAGAAUUUGUCUCAAUGAACGAAACAACUGAUAGUAUAAAAGAAAAAAGCGAAGAAAAGAUAAGUCAUUCUGAUCAAGCUGGACCUAAAACAGGAAAGGGGUUAGAUGAUAGCUUGAUACUAAAAAGUGGUUUGAAUAUGAAGCCAGAAAAUCACAGUACACCAAUUAAAAGGGAAGGGAGAAUGUCUGGAAUAAAGUCUGAGCCAAAACAAAGACCAGUGUCUUGCAUUGUCAUGUCAGAUAAUGAUUUACUGGAAACAUCUCUACAGGAGAAGAGUAAAAGGAACAGCCUAGAUUUCUCAGAUGAGCAUUUGUCAGAAGACUCUAUGAGUGUGUGUUCAUUUGGUUCCCGGGCAGAUCUGGAUAGAUUAUCUGAGGUACCAGUGCCAUCAUGGAUUCAACCUGGUGAAAGUGUUAUGGUGACAACAUCAAAAUCAGCCUCUAGGAUGACUGUUGUUGUACAGUUUGUUGGAAAUGUGGAAUUCGCCAGUGGUCCUUGGGUAGGGGUUGAGCUUGAUUUACCAGAAGGGAAAAACAAUGGAUCUGUAAAUGGGAUACCCUAUUUCCGCUGCCGGCCACGGCACGGACUGUUCGUUAGGCACGAUAAACUCAUUAUGGAUAAGAAACGACGAGGGUCUAGAAAAAGUGCUGCUCAUUUGAUGAAUCGUAAAUCUGUUGGACACGGGUCAGGAAAUAGUCCAUCAACAAAAGGGAGUGCUUCAUCCGCCAAGAGAAAAUAGUUCCACCACUCACAUAUUAAUAUAAGAGUAAUAAGAGAUUUAUUUUAUCAAAAGUAAAAGUAAAAACUAUAUAUGUGAUAGUUUAAAAUGUUUCAUCUUCUUGCACCUGACUGAAAGGGGGAUACUGCUUAUACUUGGUAUUUUCCUGUGACCUUGGGAUAGCUGGUUGCAGGUUAUUAAAAUAGAAUUGUUGUACAGGAACAGUUGAUGAAAGACAUGAAAUUUUGAGGAAUGAAUAAUUCAUAUCAAAGGCAAUGGCAUAAAGACAACAUUUGUACAAAAUUAUGUUUUCUUGAGGAGUGAUAUUGACUUUCCAGCAUUGCUAAAAUAUUUACAUCUUUUUGUUCUGAUAUAUAUAACAAAGCAUAUUUCAUCUAUAUGUACACAGUAGUAUCAAAAUCUUAAAAUAGAUAUCAAUAUUCAUAGAAGGUCAAGAAAUCAAUCUUAAGUCAGUGUUUUCUUUGUUGAUAAUUAUUCCAUCUAUUUUACUUACAUCAGAUUUCCAGCGCUUGGCUAACAAUGUGAUUGACAGUAUUUAUUAUGCCCCCCUUUGAAAAAGGAGGGGUAUAUUGUUUUGCAGAUGUCGGUCGGUCGGUCGGUCGGUCGGUCGGUCGGAAUGUAGACCUAUCCGUUUCCGGAUGAUAACUCAAGAACGCUUAGGCCUAGGAUCAUUAAAGUUGAUAGGGAGAUUGGUCAUCACCAGCAGAUGACCCCUAUUGAUUUUGAGGUCUGUAUGUCAAAGGUCAAGGUCACAUUGACCCUGAAUAGUAAAACGGUUUCCAGAUGAUAACUCAAGAACACUUGGGCCUAGGAUCAUGAAAGUUGAUAGGGAGGUUGGUAAUGACCAUCGGAUGACCCCUAUUGAUUUUGAGGUCAGUAUGUUAAAGGUCAAGGUCACAGUGACCCUGAACAGUAAAACGGUUUCCGGAUGAUAACUCAAGAACGCUUGGGCCAAGGGUCACGAAAGUUGAUAGGGAGGUUGGUCAUCACCAGCAGAUGACCCCUAUUGAUUUUGAGGUCUGUAUGUCAAAGGUCAAGGUCACAGUGACCAGGAACAGUAAAAUGGUUUCCAGGCAAUAACUCAAGAACGCUUGGGCCUAGUGUCAAGAAAAUUGAUUGUUAGGUUGGCCAUGACCAGCAGAUGACCCCUAUUGAUUUUGAGGUCAUUAGGUCAGAGGUCAAGGUCACAUUGGCUAGGAACAGUUAAAUGGUUUCUGAUCUUCUUGUCCAAAACCAUAGGGCCUAGGGCUUUGAUAUUUGGUAUGUAGCAAAAUCUAGUGGUCCUCUACCAAGAUUAUUCAGAUUAUUUCCCUGGGGUCAAAUAUGGCCCCACCCCUAGGGUCACAUGGUUUAUAUAGACUUAUAUAGGAAAAAAAAUUGAAGAUCUUGUCCAAACCACAAAGUCUGUGGCUUUGGUAUUUUGUAAUGUAGCAUCAUUUAGUGGUUCUCUACCAAGUUUGUUCAAGUUAUCCCUCUUGGGUCAGAUAUGGCCCUGCCUCAGAGGUCAAAUGGUUCAUAUAGACUUAUAUAGGGAAAAACUUAGAAUCUUCAUGUCCAUAACUUACAUCUUUCAAAUUUGGACCACAUGUAUAGUUUUGAGUGGCAAGAUGAACCUUGACAUGAGUUGACCUUGAUCUUGACCUAGUGACCUACUUUCACAUUUCUGUACCUACAACCUUCAAAUUUGGACCACAUGCAUAGGUUUGUGUACUGAAAAAAACUUUGACCUUGUUAUUGACCUAGUGACCUACUGACACAUUUUUGAAGGUACAGGCUUCAGAUUUGGACCACAUCCAUAGUUUUUUGUUCCAAAAUAAAAUUUGACCUUGAUUUUGACCUAGUGACCUACUUUCACAUUUCUCAAGCUACAGCCUUCAAAUUUUGACCACAAGCAUAGUUUUGUGUACUGAAAUGAACUUUGAUCUUGAGAUUGACCUAGUGACCUACUUUCACAUUUCUGAAGGUACAGGCUUCAAAUUUGGACCACUUGCAUAGUUUUGUGUUCUGAAAUAAAAUUUGACCUUGAUUUUGACCUAGUGACCUACUUUCACAUUUCUCAAGCUACAGCCUUCAAAUUUGAACCACAUGCAUAGUUUUGUGUACCGAAAUGAACUUUGAUCAUGAGAUUGACCUAGUGACCUAUUUUCACAUUUUUGAAGGUACAUGCUUCAAAUUUGGACUGCAUGCAUAUUUUUGUGGUCUGAAUUGAAAUUUUACAUUGAUUUUUAUCUAUUACCUACUUUCACAUUUCUCAAGCUACAUCCUCCAAAUUUGAAGCACAUGCUUAGUUCUGUCUACUGAAAUGAACUUUACCUUGAAACUGAUCUAGUGACCUGCUUUCACAUUUCUCAAGCCAAUGCUUUCAAAUUUGGACCACAUACACAUUGUUUUGUACCUAAAUGAAAUUUGACCUUGAUUAUGACCUUGAGCUAGUAUUGAAAUUUGGAACAUUCAAAAAUGGCUCUGUGGAUGGCGCCAAGAUCAAUCUGUAAUCUCUUGUUUGGGUAAUAGGUUAAAGGUCAAGGUCAGAUUAAACCAGAAUGGUAGAAUUUUUGUUUACAGUGAGCAUAUAAUUUCUGUUCCUUGUGCAAUUACUGAAUGCAUCAAGGGGGGCAUUUCGUGUUCGACGAGCUCUUGUUUUAUCUGCUGUAAAGCAAUUGAUCUAAGUGGGAAGGCUAUAUUUCAUGUAUUUUGCAGUAACGUCAACUCAUAAAAUUUACAAUAAACAAAUGAAAUUCCCUUUCGUUUUAUCUUUAGAAGUUGAAAUAACGAAAUUAUGUAUCCGCAAAUUCAUGUUUUUUUUGCUGAAAAACACACAAUUUCAUGCCCACAGAGUAACUUCUGCUGUCUGUAUUUUAAGAAGAAAACUCUUUUUGACAAUAUUAGUCAAGCAGCAGACGCAGUUUUUAGCUCAUCUUAGCUCUUUGAUGGUUUUUCUUCCAUCUUUGUAGUCGGCAAUAAAAAAGUAAAAGACAGUAAAUAAUAAAAUUUACAGCCAUUAUUUGGGAGGGUAGAAUGUUUAUGACAAAGACAUGCAUAAAAGGUUGCAGACUCUUACCUCAAGCUUUCUGAUUUUCGAUUUUGAGAAAAGAGUCAGACUGGAUUUUAGGGAAGCAAUUAAAAAAGUAAACGUAAUUUGUAAUUUGAAAUAGUACUAUAUAGAGCAUUAUAAUAUUAUUUUAGAUGAUGGAAAUGAUUGGAGUGAAAUUAGUUUAGGAUUAUUUUUAGUUUUUUAUUGCAAGUAGAAUGAAAUAGCUUAAUGGAGUUAAUACUAGACAGUGGUAUGGUAGAGCAAAAUAGACUGUGUACGUAUUAAACUAAAGAAUACAUAUAGCUAGACUGAACUCAAGAAUUCAUAGCUAGAUUAUUUAUGCUGAAAUUUAUUUAUUGUUUUAGGUUGUCUGAGGUCAAUAUGUCUCGUAUAUAUCUAUCAACAUACAUGUGUGAACAUUUAUUUAACUUAUUCUAGAUAGUUCGUUAAAUAUACACGUUGUUACAGUGCAAAAAGUGGUUAACUGUCGAUCACUAUUUACGCUGAUUUGACGACUUUUGUGAACAUUUAUUUUUCACAUUCUACAUGGCUGUGUCAUAUACAGUAAAAGGUUGUUGUGUCAGUGAUGUUUUGUGUUUUAGUAAAAAGAAUGCAUUGCAUGUAGAGUAUCAGAUUUGUAUGUACAGUUAUUCCAAAUGAAAUGAUUGAAAUAGCUAUGUACCAAGGGCUCUGUUGACAUCAUUUAUUUGUAUAAGAUAGUUUUCUGUUAAAGGGACACACCUCCAGAUUUAUAUCAACUUAGAAAAUGCUUUCUGUAGCUGAUAAUUGUAAUUAAAAAGUGAAAAUAAAGUGGAUCUAUGAUUUGUAGGCAUAAUAUAUACAAAAACACGUGUUUUGGCAAAUUUUAGGCAUUAUGUAUAUAUUUCAUGUGUUUGGAUAAUUUUAUAUAAAACAUGUUUUGGUUAGUUCUUGGCAUUAUUUAUAUAUAAAACACUAGUUCGAUUGAGUUCUUGGCAGAAUUAAAAUAUAUAAAAACACGAGUUGGGAUGAGUUCUUGGCAGAAUUUAAAUAUAUAAAACUGAGUUUGAAUGAGUUAGUUCUGUGAAGUACCGGUAUGAGUUUGGAUGAAUUCUAGGCAAUAUCUAUGUGUAAAACAUGAAUUUGUACAGUUUCUAGGCAGUAUUUAUAAAGAGACCUUCCAAAACUCAUAUGGUCUGCUCCAGUUCUGUGUGUAGUUUUCCACCCAAUUGCAAAGACCUAAGAAGCAUAAUAAAUUAUUGUGUUUGAACUUUAUCAGUUGUCACACUACUUUAUGUAAUCAGCUUCUACUGCCUCUGGAACUUUCAACCCCUGAAGUAUAUUUUGGAUCAGUUCAAGGCAGUAGUUGUGCAAAAAAACAAGUUUAGUUAGAGGCAGUAUACACUAGUUUAGCUGUAGGCGGUAUAUAAAACAAAAGUUUGGAGGAGUCCUAGGUAGUAUUCAUAAUAUAAAACACGAAUUUGGACUGUAAAAAAUGUAGAAAAGCUCUUUCAAGUAGUAGAAAUGUGAUGUUUCAUAACAGGACUUUAAUUGAGUUUAUAUCUUAUUUACGAUUCUGUGUUAUGGUUUUAUAACAAAUAUACUGGCCCCGUGUUCACAAAACAUUUUCAGUCUCAGCUGAGUUUGAUAACGAAACUUUAUUUGUCAUUUAUAUAUAAAUGGCAUGAUUAAAACUAAAUUUCAAGUUCAUAACCAUUUUCAAGCAACUAUUCAGUAAUGAUGGUCAGUCUCAGUUGGAAUUUAACCUUGAAGUUUUAGUAAAAUUGAUAUUAAAAUUUCAAACUCAAACUCAGCUGAGACCGAAAAAUGUUUUGUGAACAUGGGGCCUGAUGUCUGUUCUGUUCAUCUGGAGGUGUGCCCCUUUAAAAGCCCUUAUUACAUGUUUUAGUCACAUAAUUUUUUGUUUUUUAAUUUUUUUUGUAUUUGUUGCACAUUAUUAUUAGCAUGUGUUUUAGAUAUUUACAUACAUAAAAAAAUUGUUUAUGCUAAAAUUGUUUGUUAAAGGUACUGAUAGUUGUGUAGUUGUAAAGGGGCUUAUUUUACAGCCAUUGUGUACAAGAGUGUUUAUAUAAAUUAUUAUUAUUAUUAUUUAGAUGAACCAGCCCGCCCGCUUAGCUCAGUAGGUAAGAGCGUUGGUCUACGGAUCGCGGGGUCGCGAGUUCGAUCCUCGGGCGGGGCGUAUGUUCUCCGUGACUAUUUGAUAAACGACAUUGUGUCUGAAAUCAUUAGUCCUCCACCUCUGAUAAUUCAUGUGGGGAAGUUGGCAGUUACUUGCGGAGAACAGGUUUGUACUGGUACAGAAUCCAGGAACACUGGUUAGGUUAACUGCCCGCCGUUACAUGACUGAAAUACUGUUGAAAAACGGCGUUAAAACCAAAACGAAACGAAAAAAUAUUUAGAUGAACCAAUUACAUUUUGUGAACCAACAUGUACAUAAGCUAAUUAUAUGUAAGUAUGUGUAUGCUAAGCUUAUUUCAACUUCAUUGUAUAUACAUUUGAGUUAAAAACAUAAAUACAUACACAACCAUAUUGCAUACACAUUUUUCAGUAUCCUUGUACGUGAAGAGUGGAGACAUAAUAUUUCUAUAUAUCAACAUGUAAAGUUUCAUACAAGUUGUCUACCAUUAAUAAAUUAAUUGUAAAUGUGUAAGUAUUGAAAAGGUUAUUAGUUUUGUAUCAAGAAAUACACUCAAGGACUUAAAAUAUGCCCCAUCUAUGUAUUUGGAAAAGUUGAUCAAAGAAUAUUUCCGUAAUGCAUAUGUUUAUGAAACAUUCAUAGUAAUAAGGAUGUAAAGAUGGUAAUUUGUCUGUGCUAAAUGAGGCAUGAGAAUAUGAAAAUAUCCAUUUAAGUCUUUUACACUGUUAAAAGAUAAACAAACAGAUCAGUUCGUUCAAUAAUAAAAGGAUACCAAAUAGAUUCCUACAUUGCAACACUCCAAAGAAAGUGACAUUGACGUAAUUUAAAAAGUUCACAUGGUGGUGUCAAAUACAGAACUCUAGAGCUGCAGCCUGUCUAGUAUAAUUUUGGCGACUCUCCUAUACCGAUAUAAUUGGUUUGUGUUUGAUAUUUUCACUCUAUAGCAUUUAGAUAAAAGAUUUUGAGAAACUAUCUAGAAGUCAAUACUGACUUUUAUAAAAAGAUCUUUAAUUUGAUAAAGUUUGAAUUUUUUUUAUGAAAAUGUUGUUCAUGAGUUUGUAAUGGACUUUCAAAUGCAAUAACAUAUAAUUUUUUUAAUUGCCAGCUGGAAAUUGCAUCUCACAUGUAUUACAGCAUGAGUCAAACAUGCACAGGCGACCAACAGCCACUUUUUCAAGUAUCACAAAAGAAACCACCUUAGCAGAGAUCAGAUUUAAUGAAAAAUGAUCAAUGAAUAUAAAAAUACUCAGAGCCAUUUUGCUAAAAUGAAAUAAUUGCCUUAUAAGGAUGAGGAGUUUUUGAGUGUAUGCAAUCUUGGAGUAAUAUUGCCCUCGUAAAUUCACACAGUUAUCUCCACUACAGAACUUGUGCACAUUUCUCGAUACAGAUCUAAUCAUCUAUAUAAAUAUGUGAAUGAUAUAAUCAUAUUUAUGAGUUUAAAUGAGCUGCGCCAUGAGAAAAUCAACAAUGUGUGUUUGCGACCAGCAUGGAUCCAGACCAGCCUGUGCAGUCUGGUCAGGAUCCAUGCUGGUGUCUUUCAAACGCUAUUGCAAUUAGAGAAACUGUUAGCGAACAGCAUGGAUCCUUCCGCGCAGUCUGGUCAGGAUCCAUGCUGGUCGCAAACACACAAUGUUGGUUUUCUCAUGGCACGGCUCAAAUGUACAUUAGGUAAUUACAGUCUUUCAGUUUACUUUGUUGAACAAAGUGUGUCAGUUAGAUAUAAUGGCAGAUUUAGUUGAACAAUAUCAGUCAUGUGUUCUUGAUUUCACCAUGCAUAAUCAUGUAAAAAAUGUUAUAGAUUUAUGAUUAGAUAUUUUAGAAAUGUUGACAUUUUGUGGUCAUAGUUGUCUUUUAAUUCAUGUACUGCAUGUGUCAUUAGAUUUUUGUCAUGUCCAACAGUUUUAUACAUUGGCAAAUUCAGAAUUUUGGGUUAUCUGGGGUCAGUUUUCAGGAGAGGUCCACUUCUGUUCUCUAUUGAGUUUCUUAAGGCAGAUAACUUUUUUUAUAUAUAGUAAAUUAUGUACUCUGUUUAAUUCUUGAGCACAAAUAUUAACCUAUAAGCUGUCACAAAUGUUAGCUUUUUAUUUUUGAAAUAAAUUAACAGGCAGCCCCAUCUCAACAGUUGAAUACAAACAUGUAUGUUUCUUCCAAAAAAAUAACAUUGUUUUAAAAGCUUCGGAAAAUGUAAUUAGAGGAAUUUAAUUAUUUAUCAUCCACUAUUCAGAUUGAAUGUCCCUCAUGUAUUAUAUUAAAUAUCAAAUCCAUGGCAUUGUAAAUGGCAUGAUACAGACAAAAAUUUGAAUAUCUAAGGUAGUUACUUUUGUGGCAUAAAUGGUCAUAUCAUAUCAACAAAUACCAUCUACAUUACCUCUAGGUGCAAGAAAUUACUGUACAUAUUGAUUUCAUAUGAUAUUUUGUCAAAAAUGUUGUUCCACCUAUUUCUUUCUGAAAAAGCUUUUUAUGGAGGUAAAUGUGAACUGUUCUUUUAAAGGGAGGUAAAUAUUUUUUUAUUAGUUACUGAAUGUAUUGCAAGUAAAGGAGUAUUUUUAUGAAUAUAUCUUCUUAAGAAUAUCAUAGUAAGAAUAUCAUAGAAAGAAGCGUUUUACUUGAAACUACUCUUGGAAAAAAUAUUUUACUUACAAAUUAAGAAUAGCGUAGGAAAUUGUUUAAAGCUUUACUUUGGGAAUGGGUAUUUACUUAAGAAUGGUAUGGAGAAGAGAGUAAAAAAAUCUUUCAGAGGAUCCUUUAGAAUGCAAUCAAGCAAAAUUAUAGUAGACUAGGUUUGACUGUGUCUGUUCAUGAGAGGUUUUGAAAUGUGCAACACCUCUAAUGUUCCCUAGUACGGCUUAAGGGUAAUUUUAUUUCGUAGAUGAUAAAUGGAUCCCAUGAUCCCAAAGGACCAGAAAAUAAAAUAAUACUGCAUCCAGAUAUGAGGAGACAUGUUAUGGUGGUCACAUGGCACUUAAAAGGUUGCUGUUGUGAAAGUUAAUAAAGUAUAAGACUUUGUCGUGAUACGAUUAUUUUUUUUUCUGCUUUUCUGAAUGUGUGCUGUAAAAUAUCACAGAAUAUUUGUCAUAUUAAAUGAAAUUUGAAGAUAAUAUAUUUAGGAAAACUGUUGUUUCUGUUGAUUAUGUUAAGUUUAGCAGCAGUCUCUACCUCAGUGCUUGUUUCAUUUUUAUUUCAUUUCUCACAUAAGAAUUAUUUACAAUUGUUCUCGAUAUCCAACACUUACACAGCUUAAAAGAUAUGAAAUUUGUCAUUAUAAACUUGGAUACAAUUUUAAACUGCCAUAUUUUGUUAUGGUUGAAUGUGUUGAAGUAUGUUAACUUUUUUGUGCUAUAGAAAGUCAUAAUUUGUUUGUCAUUCCAUUGUUUAAGAAGUAUGUUGAUUCUGAAUAUUUUAGAUGUAUUUAUUAAGGGGUGAAAGCAAAACAGGUCUAAGUACAGUUGUAUCAAGAACCACUUACACCUUUAUUGCUUUUACCUUUAUUGAUGGAGUGGGAGCAAAACAGGUCUAAGUACAAUUGCAUCAAGGAAUGCUUACACCUUUAUUGCUUUUACGUUUAUUAAUGGAGUGGGAGCAAAACAGGUCUAAGUACAAUUGCAUCAAGAACCACUUACACCUUUAUUGCUUUUACCUUUAUUGAUGGAGUGGGAGCAAAACAGGUCUAAGUACAAUUGCAUCAAGAACCACUUACACCUUUAUUGCUUUUAC